GUGUCUGGCGUCAGGAUUUUCAGGUUUCGAAGAGUGUGUGUAAGUGUGUGUGUUAGUGUGUGUGUAUGUGAGUGUGCGGGUGAGUGAGGGAGGUCCGGAGCGUGUGUUUCCCUCGGAUAUUGUCACCGCUUUGCACUGCAGACAGGCGCCGUGUGUUCCUACAUGCAAGUUACCGCCGCGGCUCCACUACCGCUGCCCAGCAAUGACCGAGAGCCCCGGGACCAAAGCAGCCAACGGGGAAGUGUGUCAGCGCGUCAGGAACGGACUGAAGCCGGAGAGGAACGGCUCGGUGAAGAGCCUCCACCGCUCCCAUGAGUGGCCGCCCCAGGAGAAGGAGGAGGUCCAUGCAGCCUCACGCCAUGACAGACUGUACAGUCGGCCGUUCAUCGAGUCGUUCGAGGAGACGCCCAUGCUGGUGGCUGUGCUCACCUACAUGGGAUACGGCAUCCUGACCAUAUUCGGCUACCUCCGCGACUUCCUCCGCCACUGGAAGAUUGAACGCUGCCACAUCGCUCGAGAAAGGGAGGAGCAGCAGGAUUUUGUUCCGCUCUAUCAGGAUUUUGAAAACUUUUACACCAGAAAUCUCUACAUGCGGAUAAGAGACAACUGGAACAGGCCGAUUUGCAGCGUCCCGGGAGAGAAGAUGGAUCUGAUGGAACGAGUCUCCCACGAUUUCAACUGGACCUUUAAAUACACCGGUCGCGUUGUGCCAGAUGUGAUUAACUUGGGCUCGUAUAAUUACCUUGGCUUCGCUGAGAAUCAGGGCCCGUGUGCCGACGCCGCAGCCCAGAUCACCAUGACGUACGGCGCUGGAGUCGCGAGCACCAGGCAGGAGAUUGGCAACCUGGACAGACACGAGGAGAUGGAGAAACUGGUGGCCAAGUUCCUGGGCCUGGAGUCAGCCAUGGCGUUCGGGAUGGGGUUUGCUACCAACUCCAUGAACAUCCCAGCACUGGUUGGGAAGGGAUGCCUGAUCCUAAGUGACGAGCUGAACCACGCCUCUCUGGUCCUGGGAGCCAGACUCUCCGGGUCCACCAUCCGGGUCUUCAAACACAACAACAUGCAGAGCCUGGAGAAGCUGCUGAGAGAAGCCAUAGUUCACGGCCAGCCCAGGACUCACAGGCCGUGGAAGAAAAUCCUCAUAGUUGUUGAAGGAAUUUACAGCAUGGAGGGCAGCAUCGUGCGCCUGCCGGAGGUGAUCGCCUUGAAAAAGCGCUACAGAGCGUACCUUUACCUCGACGAAGCCCACAGCAUUGGGGCUCUGGGCCCACGGGGCCGAGGGGUGGUGGAUUACUUCGGCCUGGACCCGCGCGAUGUGGACGUCCUGAUGGGCACCUUUACCAAGAGCUUUGGUGCUGCAGGAGGAUACAUUGCAGGGAAACGGGAGCUCAUCGAUUACCUGCGCUCCCACUCUCACAGUGCAGUCUAUGCCACCUCCAUGUCUCCUCCUGUGGUGGAGCAAAUCAUCACUUCUAUGAAGUGCAUUAUGGGAGAAGAUGGCACGACGAUAGGCUGCGAUCGCGUGCGGCAGCUGGCAGAGAACACAGUCUACUUCCGGAAGAGGCUUCGAGAAAUGGGCUUCAUCAUCUACGGGAACAAUGAUUCCCCCGUCAUUCCCAUGAUGCUCUACAUGCCGGCCAAAAUCGGGGCGUUCGGCAGAGAGAUGCUGAAGAGAAACAUCGGGGUGGUGGUGGUGGGUUUCCCCGCCACACCCAUCAUCGAGUCACGGGCACGCUUCUGCAUCUCCGCCGCCCACACUAGAGACAUGCUCAACAGGGCGCUGAGUGUCAUCAGCGAGGUAGGAGACCUUCUUCAGCUCAAGUACUCCCGUCAGAGAAUACAGCCGGCGUCGGCUCGCCCGUUGGACGACAACAUGUACGACGACGUGGACGACUGAUGAACCACUCCUCCUCUGAAGUGGUGCGAACCGGAUUAAGAAAAAAAAAAAAAAAACCCACCUCAGAAAACAGCAGGUCAAGAUGGAUCGUAAGUCUUCCAGAAGGGGCGAGAUUUUCAUUUAUCUCCCUUGUCACAAGUUCGCCAUCGUGUAAUCUCCGAGGAGAAAGCUCUCACAGUGACCGUCUGAUUGGACUUUGCCUUACCUGAACACACAGAACUUGUGGCGAAUACACUGGAAAUAGUCCCCGUGCAUUUACUAGUGUAUUUUUUUAUGCUUUUUUUAAGAUUUUGUCCAUUUUUUUUUGUCGUCUUCUGGGUUUAUAUGUUUUGUGUUCAUCGUGCUUGUUGCUGAGGCUCAUUUUGCUCCCUGUGCAAAGGGAACAUCAGACCUUAAAUAGCUCUCAUAUUAUGCACACAUCUGGGUUUUAAAGUGAAUUUAAUAAAUAACCACUAAUUAAAGACCAAGUUUAUUUUUUAGUGCAGUACCUUUCAGAUCAGCUAUGAUCGCCAUAGAAGAAGGUGCUGGGUGUUGCAUUGUUUGCACGGGACCAUCCCAGUCACUGGCCUUCAGCCAUAUGAGCCUGCUGUAUCUGAUUUUUAUGAUUUUCACUGUUGCAUUUAUGGAACAGAACUAUUUUAAAGUUCCAGUCUGUGACUCCCUGAACCCUCCUUGUAAAGCUUUUAUUUCAGCAGGAAAGGUAAAACUUACAGUGACUAUUUUGCACCUCUUGUGCUUCUUAUUUGUUAUAUAAAGUGUCUUUGACAUUUUAAGCCUUAAUGCCAUUCCCAUUAUACUUUCCAGAUACGUAACCGCAAUUAUAUUUGUGGAAAAUUGAAUAUAAAGGAAAACCAAAUCUGGACCAAGUAAUGGUAAAUUGUCCAACGUUUACAAAAACAAUGAAGAUAUUAUAAAUCGACGCUUGAUUUGAAGAGUCUUCGGCGUGAGAGCAGCCGAUCUCAGGUGAAGGUGAACUCUCAGUUGGUUCGAGUCGUAUAAAAGUUGGAUAAAUGGAGUUUUUAAUGAUUGAAUUAAAUCAGUUUGUUCACUAAUCCAAAUCUAAAUGUGUCAUUAGCCCAUUUUCUGCUACUAUAAUAAAGUUUGUACUUAUUUAAAACAGAAUUUAUUCUUGUCCCACUAACAGCGAAUAGUAAGAUGUCUCUCAGGUGAUUUAGAGAUAUUUUUGGAGGAAUGACUUGAAACACUGAGUUGAGAAAAGCAAUACUACCUUUAUAGUGCAAAGUGUGGUUUGUAAUGUGGAGCCUGCUGACAAUUAGCUUGGAAAAAAGAAAAAUACCGAACUCCUUUUCUUUUAGAAACACACAGUUUUCCCAUUUUGUGUCUUUUAAAGCGCAGUGUGUUUAAAAUCAAAAUGCAGAGGAGCCUGGGAGAGUCCAGCUCGCCGUUUCUUCCAGCUCCUUGUCUGGAGGCUAAACGAAGCGAGCUGCCUGCCGGCUCACGCCUCAUAAUUAGUCCACGGAGACGGAGGUGGUUCUGAUGCUCUCUCUUAAAUUACGGCGGAAAAACAAAUACUUCCAGCGAUGCCAAACACUCGUCUGGGUCCGCGCAGAUGAUCAGUUAAAUGUUUAUUGCCUGUUCGAGUUGAAUUAUUCACAGUGAUGUUUUUGUUCAUAAAAGCCACGAAAACUCUGUUUGCCUGAACUCUGGUUCAGUCGUAGAAACCGUGCCAGAAGAUGCGAGGAGCAGCGAGGCUCAUUAUCCAAGACACUAGUGCUAGUUUGAUUAAACUGUCUCGACCCAACAGAGCAACUCAUCCAUCCAACCACUGAGCAUCUUUGCAAUUUUGUGGCCAGAGAUCCCUACUAACAAUAGUUUGUAUUUUCCUAUAUUAGUGAAGUGUGAUCACAGCUAUUUCAAUCUCACGCUCAAAAACAGCCCGGUAUUUGUUUUUCUUUCAUUUUAAUCUUUUUGUGAAAACCCUCUGUUCGCUCCACAGCAGGAAAACUCAUCUGCCGUCGCCCGUCUCGGUUUCUUUUAUCUGGCGGUUGCUUCUGUCUUUGCUCCGUGUCUGAUAACCUUGUUCGAAUGCCUUGUGAAACAAAGUGCUCUCUCUGUGCUGCGACCCAGAAGUCAUCAGUGUCUGUAAUCAGUGUGUGUCUGACGAUCGCCUCCACGCUUUCAGAUGUAAGUGUGUGUGUGUGCGCGCUGCUGCUGCUUUUUGAACCCCGAGUUUUAUCUUCACUUUUUUAUGCCACUGAGGUUUGGGGACGACAACACUCUGUUACGAUGGCAGCUGUUAAAAAAAAAAAAACGGGAAAAACUCACAGCGGUAAAUUAACACCUGCAUGUGUCUGAACACUGAGGAUUGUGUCAGCACCCGCUUUCCAUACAGAUGCAUGCACAGCAAUUUAUUUUAUUUUUGCUAAACUAAAGGUGCUCUGCAUCACAGCUGGUGGUCUUUCAAGAGAAUCGCUGAGAAACUUUUAAACCACAAAUUAGGGGAAAAAAAAUGAUGAAAACAUAGUGAGAAUACCAGUUAAUUGCUUUAACAGUUUGCCUCAUUUUUCAGAACUUUUUCUUGAAAUUCUUUUUGUUGCUUUUCUCCACACAUUUCCAGUUUGUUCUGGGGAUGUGAACGAAGAGCUGUUGUUAUUCAAAGCCUUUCAGUGAUUGUUGACUUUUAUCACUCAUCCUAACAGCUUUGUCCUCAUCUCCUCGUUUUUUUGUUGACCUUCUGACCUCAACAUCAACUAUUAACCUCUGUUUACUCAACACUCUAAAUCAGUUCUCUUUUGUGUCUGUCUUGACUUAACAUUUUGACCGUUUCUCGUGUUUUCGUCAACAUUUUCAUUAUAUUAGUCUUUUUCUCUCCAUUCUUAAGCUCUCAACUUUCUGCCUCAUUAAAAAUACAUUUGAUAUUUGUAUAUGUAUUUUUGUUUUCCAUAUUGUGGCCUCAAUGCACUGUUGUACUUAUCAGUUACUGUAAAUGGGGAAUGCUUAUUUUAAAAAUGUAAAUUUAAUUGGUUUUGCUGUUGAAAAACACUUGGGUCACACAUGAUUGUCCAUUAGAUAAACGCUCGGCUACAAUUAGCUCGUACAGACGCAGAAUGUGUUUUUAUUCCUGGUGUAUUUUUUCUCAUGUUUGCACAAAGGAGAGUCGUCAAAUGCUCAAAGCAAAUCUGUAAAUCAUAAUUUAAUAUCAAAACUUAAUGAU